AUGAAUACGACCUACUUCAACCGCGGCAACGUCGAGGGCGUCGCUUCCAACCUCGUGGCCCCGCAAGAGUUCCAGGCCGACGUCAUGGGCCCCGGCCGCGGCGAGCCCGAGCGGCCGCAGCCGGUCCGCGGCUCCGUCCACGACGAAAACGCCUACGCGCUCGAGGGCGUCGGCGGCCACGCGGGGCUCUUCUCGACCGUCGACGACACGGCGCGCUUCUGCCAGAUGAUUCUCAACAACGGCACCUACGGCGGGCGGCGGAUCCUGUCCCGUGCGGCCGUCGACCUCGUCUUUACAAACUUCAACGCCCGCUUCCCCGGGCAGGACCACGGCAUCGGCUUCGAGCUCAACCAGUACUACACGGCCGGGCCCAUGGCCAACCCGCUCUCCGCCAGCCACACGGGCUUCACGGGCACCUCGCUCGUCAUCGACCGCGCCAGCGGCUGCUUCCUGGUGUUCCUCGCCAACCGCGUCCACCCUUCGCGCAAAUGGGCGAGCAAUAACAUUGUCCGGCAGACGCUCGGCGCGUGGGUGGCCAAGGCCUUGGGCAUGGACGUGCAGUUUCCCGCGUGA